UCAGAUCAGAGGAAGUUCUCAACCACAGGAGGAGCUGAUGAUGAUUAAAGGAAGAGCUGUAACUAUAUAUAAAGAAGAGAAAGACUGAGAGAAACAGAAAAUGGCUGAUAAGUGUGAUCUGUGUCUGCUGGGACUGAUCAUUCUCUCUUCACUUCUCACAGGUGCCAGUGGAGUGGAUAAUGAUCAUGUGUUCAUCAGUUCUGGUGAAAAUGUCCGUCUGUCCUGUAAUAAUGCUCUUUCUGACUGCAAAUCAACUACAUGGAUCUAUAUGAGAUUCAGUCAUUCAGUGUAUGUUGAACUGAUUGAUCGAGGGAUAAAAAAGAAAGACACAGAGAGACAUGAGAGAUUGAGUCUGGGGUCUGACUGCUCUCUGAACAUCAAGAACGUCACAGAAGAAGAUUAUGGAUUAUACAGCUGCAGACAAUAUGUGAAUGACAAACAACAAGGAACUGAUGCUAAUGUUUAUCUGUAUGUUCUUCAUGUUUCAGUGUCUCCAUCAUCAUCAUCUUCAUCUUCACAGACUGAGACCAGUCCAGGUCGCUCUGUGACUCUCUCAUGUCAGUUGUAUUCAUAUCAAUUAUCCUGUGAUCGUUUGGUCUAUUCUGAGGGACUUCAGCUGUCGUGGGUGAAUCAGGCUGGUGUUAAUCUGACAACAGACUCCAGAUAUCAGAUAUUAUUCUCAUCAGCUCACUGUAUCAUCACUCUGACUACAACACUCCUGAAUGAAGAUGACAACAGAGAGUUGAGAUGUCAGCUUACUCGCAGAAAUCAACUCGAGACCUCAGUCAGAUACACUGUCAAGUAUUCAGUCAGCAGCUCAAACUCUGAGAAGAAAUCAAGCCAAACUACAGCAGCAGCUCCUACACAAGAUCCAGCUGACACAGCAUCAGAAACUGAAGUCAGUGUGACUGCUGGAUCAUUAUUCAGAGAAUCAACAAAAAUGUUGACCCAGGAACAUGUUGAACUCAGCAAUAUCAGGUUAUGCGUGAUUGUGAUCAUUGUUGAGAUGGCAGUGUUUGCUGCUCCUACUGUGAUUCUUCUUCAGAUCAUCUGUGCAAGAAGAGCUGGGAGGAAGGACUCGCAGCACCCAGAGGAAAUAGAGAUGCCUACAAUAUUACAAUAAAAUACUGUUGAGUUUGGAGACAAUCUGAAACAAGCUUUAAAACAGCAAAACCUCACAGAGGAUAUAUAAAUCAGAAAACAGAGAAAAACUCCCUGAAGAAAUAGUGACACCAUCAAGUUUAGAUUCAAAUAUCUUUUACAAAUAAAAGGUCAGAUUUAUGUUCAUUUAUAUGGUUUGAUGGAUAUUUUCCUACAGUGUUGAAUGUCAUUUUCUUGUGCUUCAUAUAUAAACUGCUUUAAAUAUAAUAUUAAAUACAGUAAUGGACAGACUGUUUGUAAAAUCCUCUCUCUGUUCUGUGUGAUGAAGAUGAUUUGCUGAUUCUCAUAUCUUGUUUUUUCAUUCCUGUUUUUAGCAUCUUUGUUCAUUUUGAAUGAUUUCUACUAAUUUUCUUAAUUAAACCUCUGUAAUUGUUUAA